AUGCCAUUGCUAAUUUUCGAUUGGAAUAAUGAUGGAUUUAAUGAUGUUGAAACUUCUCCUGGCUGUCGUAACGGGGUUGCUGGUCAAACGAAAGAAGCAAUUAUUGCAAGUUUAACCGAGAGCGGCGCCGUUAACCAUGAUAAUAUAUUGUUCUAUUUCUCAGAUGGCGCGGCUAUUGGCACUUGGAUUGAAAACUUAAAAGGAACUUUAGCAUGGGCUAAAAAUCAAGCCGGCGUUCCAAACAUCUGCAGAAGUGUGUUAAGGAUCAACAAAAUCCAAGAAUCAACAGCAGAAGCUGAUGUUGAAGAUUACACUUCAUACUUAAUGUAA